GCUCUUCGGGCCGCCUCGCCAGCCCGGUCGCACGGCUCUUGGACACUGGUAAUUUCAUAAUUCCAGAGGCUAGCGAUAACAGUAAUCAUCCGGAUAGCUUUGCAUGGCAGAGCUUCGAUUACCCGACCGACACGCUACUCCCGGGGAUGAAGCUCGGGUGGAACCUGAAGAGCCAUCUCAACCGCAACGUGACGGCGUGGACCAGUCCCAGCGACCCGGCACCGGGUUACUAUUCCGCGGCCAUGGAUGUCCAGGGCGACCCGGAGAUCUUCUUAUGGGCCGGAGCGCAACGGCUGUGGCGCACCGGGCCAUGGGUCGGCCACAGGUUCAGCGGCGUCCCGGAGAUGAAGACCUACAGCAUGUUCACCUUCAACUUCGUCGAUGACCGGGAUGAGAUCUACUACACGUUUAACAUCCUUAACGGAUCGAUCAUCUCGAGGCUCGUCGUGAACCAGUCCGGCGUGAUCCAGCGGCUGGUCUGGCUUGAGCAGAGCCAGAUGUGGAACAUCUUCUGGUUUGCUCCGAAGGACCAGUGUGACAGCGUGUCGCCGUGCGGUCCGUUCGGGGUGUGCGACCCCAACAACUCGCCGAUAUGCGACUGUUUGCAGGGGUUUGAGCCCAAGUCGCCGGCGAAUUGGGCUCUGAGGGACGGGUCGGGGGGGUGCAAGAGGAAGACACCGCUGGAUUGUCGGAACGGGACUGAUGGGUUCCUGACGGUGAACGAUGCUAAGCUGCCGGACACGUCGAGCUCAACGGUCGACAUGAGUUUGAAUCUGGAUCAGUGCAAGGCUGCGUGUCUGAAGAAUUGCUCGUGCACGGCCUAUGCGAGUGCGAAUACCAGCGGGGAUGGGUGUAUAAUUUGGACCGCAGAGCUCACUGGUCUUAGGGUGUUCGGAUUUGGCGGACAGGAUCUCUACAUCCGGCUAGCAGCGGCCGAUCUAGGCUCAGCAUCAGACCAUUCACACCAGAUCCACAUAGUCGCGGUCGUCGUGGGCUCUGUUCUGGGGACUCUACUGCUUGGCUCCAUUUGCUGCUGCAUUUGGAAAAAGAAAAAGAGGAGAAGAAGACAAGCUACGUCCAUGUUAGGGACCGUUUCCUUUGCCAGCAACUACAUUGAUGAGGGCACUGAAGGAAGGGAAUUGGAGCUGCCUUUAUUUGAUAUGGGAACAAUUGCCGCAGCAACCAACGACUUCUCUAUCCAAAACAAGCUUGGAGAAGGUGGCUUUGGCCCCGUAUACAAGGGCAAGCUGGGAGAUGAACAAGAGAUAGCUGUGAAGAGGCUUGCAAAGACUUCGGUGCAAGGCCUCGAUGAGUUCAAGAAUGAGGUAGUGCUCAUUGCCAGGCUUCAGCAUCGGAAUCUUGUACGGCUUCUUGGCUGCUGCAUUCAAGGAGAAGAAAGGAUGCUGGUCUAUGAAUACAUGCCUAACAGAAGCCUGGACGCCUUUCUGUUUGAUAAAGCUAGAGCUGCGCUGCUCGAUUGGCGAAUCCGCUAUAACAUUAUACUAGGGAUUGCUCGUGGAAUUCUUUAUCUUCACCAAGAUUCUAGAUUUAGAAUUAUCCACAGGGAUCUCAAAGCUAGCAAUAUUCUUCUCGACAAAGAAAUGAACCCCAAAAUAUCAGACUUUGGCAUGGCAAGAAUAUUUGGAGAGGAUGAGACAGAAGUAAAUACACGCCGAGUAGUUGGCACCUAG